UACCCUGUCUAAUAACAUUUUUAUCCAUUGGGAAUCGUUCACCUGUAUAUAGAUCUGGUGGGUCAUUUAAGUCUAAAUAUUUAGAAUAUGGAAUACAAUUAUAAUCUUUGAGAUCAGCUGUCCAAGCAUUUAAGAUAAAUUAACUUUCCUUAUAUUUACUUUCCAAUAACAACAUAUUUUAUUCAAUUUGUUGACACAAGUCAUACUCAUAUCGUGAACCUGAUGGAGGAGCAUAUAUAAAGGCUAAAACUACAUUAUGAUUGUUAUAUUUGUUAUCACAUCGUAACCAGAUUAUUUGAUCAUGCUUCAUUUUAAUUUCAAUAAUUUUAAUGUCAUUUUUUAUUAAUACUGCAAGUCCCCCGAACAUCUUUGUAAAUUUCGGUUAAUUUUUCUAGUUUUAUUUAUACACCAAUAACCUUCUAUUUUAGGCACUUUGUCCUCCCUUGAUAACCAGGUCUCACUAAGAAAAAUUUUAUCCUGUUUCUUUAAAUAGUUUACCGGAAAUUAACCAGAAAUUCCAUUAACAUUAACAUGAUACAAUGUCAAUACUGUCCGACCUUGGGCCUUGACCAUCCCUCUAUUUCAGCUUUACGACUUUGUCUUCUUGUUCGUUAUUUGUAAAUAUUGAGUUACCGAUAUACAGCUUAUCAAACUUAAGUUGAAAUUUCUUCUUUUCUGCUAUAGCUUCCUGGAUGUUUGGACCUAACUUUUUCCUUAUAUUUUUCAAGCGUGAAGUAUAGUCUUCAUCGAUUCCUAUUUUCUGUUUAUUCUCGUUUGUGCUUUCCUCUUUGUUUAUACUUCUUUUUCUUGCUUUGUGUUUGUUUAAUAAUUCUUCCUUAGCUUUAUACUUAGAAAAUUUGACUUAUCGGUCAGGGUGUGGCUUUAGUACGGUAUUUAACCGAUGUGCCCGAACGAUUGAGUCCACCUGUAUUCCUAAGCUUUCUUUUGCAAAAUUCUUUAAUUUUUUUUCGCAAUCCGUCGAUGUUUCACCUUGUUGUUCUUGUAUAUUACAAAAUAUCAUGUUGUCUCUGCUGCUCUGACUUUCUAUUCUAUCAAUCUUUGUUACUAGAUUAGCAUUUAUUGAUUUUAAUUCUAUAUUUUCCUUUUCGAUUUUGUCAAUACGGUUAUUUAAGGCAUUUACUUUGCCUGUUAGAGAUUCCCACGAUUUAUUUAUGCUUUGAACAUCUUGUUUAAUUUCCUUCCUCAUUUCUCGCAUUUCGUUUAGAAUCUGUUUUAAUUGAUCUUGUUGGGCAUUUUGCUGAACAGGUUCUGGUUCGAAAGCUUCAUCUAAAGUACCUUGUCUCUUGGGUCUGGGACCAGGAUUAAGCUCUACACUACGUCACUGGAAUUGAUCAAAAUACAUGAUAAUACAAGCCCUAUUGAUAUACAUAGUCGAGGCUGAGACCUGGUGCUUUUAGACCAAUGGAGUCCAUACUAAAACGAAUUAAAGACAACAAAAUAGAAAUUGUUCGUUUUGAACAAACAGACAUGUUUGGUAUAUCAAGAUCAAAGCUAAUUCCAGCUCGUCACUUCAAGUCAAAGGCAGAGAAUGGUCUUAAUUUUUACAUGGGGCAUUUGGGUGCGGACUCAAUGUCUAACUUUAUUCCAGGAACUGGAUACAAUGAAGAAAAGGGUUAUGCUGAUGCCAUCAUGUUCCCAGAUUUAGAUACGUUCCAAGUUAUCCCGUGGUGGGAGAAUACUGCCAAAAUCUUGAUAGAACCGACGUAUGAAGGAAGUCCUGUACCAGCUCAUCCAAGAGUCGUUGCCAGAAAACAACUAGAAGAACUGCAUGAAAUGGGAUAUAGUCUGCUCUCAGCUCAUGAGCACGAGUUUUAUGUUGUCGACGGACACACAAGGAAUCCUGUGGUAAAUGACUACAACAUUCGAUCGACUAUAAGAAUGUACGAGUGUGCUCCGUUCAUCCACCAACUUGUUCGAGAUCUACCGAAAGUAGGAAUAGAUAUCGAAAGUAUUGAAAAUGAAUUUGGACCUGGACAGCAUGAAAUCACGUACAAACCAUCGUUUGGAAUUAAAGCUGCUGACAAUGCUUUUACGUACAAAUGUUCCAUCAAAGAAAUCGCAAAACAGCACAACCUAGUGGCAACUUUCAUGAGCAAACCAUAUGAUAACGCAAGUGGAUCAUCGUGCCAUUAUAAUCACUCUUUGUGGGAUGUCGAUGGUAAAAAAAGCCUUAUGCUCGACUCUAGAUCUGACAAGUUGUCUGAAGUUGCUAAAUACUGGAUAGCCGGUAAUUUAUAUCAUGCAGCAGCACUAAGCCUACUCAUGGGGCCGACCAUCAAUUGUAGAAAGCGGUACAAACCUUUCUCAUUUGCACCAACAAAUGCAACAUGGGGAUACGACAACCGCACUUGCGCAGUCCGUGUGAAGAUCAAUGGAGAAUGUACUUACAUUGAGAACCGCAUGGGUGGCGCAGGAUCGAAUCCGUAUCUAGUACUAGCAGCUACAGUUGCCGCCGGAAUUGAUGGCAUAAAAAAUAAAUUGCCACUUCCUGAUAACGUCACUGGAUCUGCGUAUGUGCCUGAAGACGUUCCUGAUAAAACGUCAGAAAUACCAACUACCAUGGAAAGUGCAGUCGAAGCAUUCGUCCAGGAUGAAGUCAUGAGGAGAGCAUUUGGCGAAGAAUUUACCAAGUGCUUUGUCGCAAUCAAAGAAAGCGAAAGAAAGCGGGCAAAUGAAGCAAACUGUAGCGGUUUUAUAUGGGACAGGAAAAAUUAUUUUGAAUACCUCUAACAAAUCAAUCGAUUUGAUAUUACUUAAUUAAAAGAAAUAUUUUUAAAGAAGUGUAUUCGUAUGAUGCUAAGCACAUUUUGAAUUGUUAUUAUUACACACGACAGCAAUAAUUAUUUUCAAUACCACUCGGUCAAUAUUAAUAUGAUACUAAACGAUCACCUUAUGCUAUCUCAACUUUUGCCUCAAAAAUAUAUUAUAAAGAAUGGUUGAGUUUUAAAACCUUAUUUAAUUGAUUUUGUGUCUUCUAAUAUGUAGGAAAUACAUAUACAUUUUUUCUCCCCGGCGGAUUGUGGAUUUUCUCCACGACGGGGGUCCCUGGUUGCCGGCGCCCUGCUGGCGCCACCCAUGUGGCUCAAUCCUCCGCCUCUCAAUUGUUCUCAAGUAUUUCUUCAUCUUUAUUCGUACCUUUUUUUCAUACGCUUUAGUUCGCUUAUUUACCAUUUAUUCUUCACUCCUAUAAAUACCUCCAAGUGCGUAUAAGUAUUAUUACACCAACGAUGGCAGUUGUACAGCUGAAACAUGUUUGCGUCAAGAAUUGUUACAAUAAAAUAGUCAGGCCUAGCCUUAAUGGUUUCAUUGAAAUCCGUUGUGAUUUUAUUUAGAAAGAAAUAUUAUAUUAUUUAUCUUCAAGGUUUUUGAUGUUUAGUUGGUUUAGAAAUUAAAAAUGAAAUACUUGAUUGUAUAUAGCAGCUGGAUUUCAUAGUACAACUUUUUCUUGUGUAAUUCGUGAGAUGAGCUGCUGCAGAGUGGAGUGUGGAUACCCGGAAGCAUUAUUGUACAUGCUUAUACUUAUAUUUAAUACGCCAUGGUUACGCUACCAAAACAUAACAUGGUGACAGCGGUAAAGGAAAAAUUAUUCUUAAGCUUGUUUUGACACGAUGAAUUAUUAAAUUUAGGUCUCGGCAACUGAAGAAUUACAAUUUUAGUUUGCGAAUAUAGUGAUCCUGGAAAUGGAGAGAACAACCGGAGUAUGGAAAUUUAUGAAAGCAGUGUGCGUGUGAAUUUGAGGGUCAUUUAAAGUUCUAACGUCACAAACCUAAUUAUAUCUUAAAAACUGUCCAAUCAUUCCAACUUAAACUUUAUAGAAUAGUUUAUCACGGUUCCAUGAAGAAAUAAAUGUUGAUGACGAUUCGGAGUAGGGUGUGAACAUGUAGACCGUUUAAAAAGGUAAACGUCCCAGUCCAGAUAUCCUAAAAACUGAUCAACUGAUCUGAAUGCAACUUACGGGAAAAUUCAAACGUGUUGUUACAAGGAGGAAAUUAUUAAAUUUGAGUGACGAUCCAGAUUCGGUUGUGAAUUUGAGGGUCAUGACUUCUCCUUAG